AGUCGAGUAAGGCACCAAGACCUGGGAUGCAGAUAGGUUCUUCCUACUAGGGUAUGUUUGCAUUUUGGCCCAUUUGGGUGGCAAAGCACAGACUAUAUACACACACAUACAUACAUAUACAUAUACACACAUAUGUAUAUAUCCCACGUGUAUCCACAAAGCCAGAAAUAUUCUCCAUGAAGUCACCCACGUAUUUGAGAAACACAUCCUGAGUGUUAUCACAUGGGACAUUUGCAAGCUGCCAGCACGUGGUUAUGAGCAGUCUGGAGAAGGGCUGGGAGUGGGUAUGUGCAAAGCAAGACAAGGGGGUGUCUGCAGCCUGGCAUAGAAUUGGGGACGUGGUACCUGGUGCUGGGUGCAUCCUUGGCAUUUGUCCCAGUUGGGAGGGCACGCCACAGGGAGUGGGCACUCUAAGGCUCCUCUAGCUGGAGUCCCUCACCAUGAGGCUCACAGUGAGGGAGGGAGGAGUGAAGGAGAGGGUUCAGGGUUUGCUGAUGGACUAGACGGGGUCCAGAAUAAUGUCCCUGGGAUGGGAAGGCCACUCUGGAGGUGAGAUUGGCACUUGGGUCUUACCCUCUGGAGUUAGAAGUGCCUGCUAGGUGUUCAGGUGCUAAGUGUCAGGAGGCAUCUGGGCCCUAGAGGGAGUUUCCCAAACCCAUGUGAUGCCCUAAAGCCAGGGCCUAGGCUCCUUUAGGCUGUUCCCAGGACUGGUUGCAUUUGGAACCAUGUGUGCAUGACUGAUACUUACCCUACAGGGCAAAGUGUCACCCCUUAAACCCUAGGGCACAGUCAGCCCAGGCCUUAAGCCACAGCAGGCCUUAAAAGUCAAUUGCUCACGUCCCCUUAGCUCCACAUUCAGUGGUGCCAAUCAGUAAUCACAUUUGUGUGGCACCCCUUGGAACCACACAUUCACAUAUGCAGUCACACGCAUGCAUAGCAUGUGUUUGCACGCAUGUGGGUCUGCAUUUGCUCCGAGUGCAUGUGUACAUGCAUUUGCAGAUGUGGGUGCACAUGUCUGUGAGUGCAUGUGUGCUACACACAUGUGCACGCACAGUGCUUAUUUGGAUGUACAUGUCUGUGCAUGUGUAGGUGUGCUGUGUGUGUUUGCAUGUGUGGAUAUGUACAGGUGUAUCUGAGUGCCUCUGAAUCUGUCUGUGUGACUAUACAUGUGUGGGUAUGUCUCCACGCAUGUGCAUGCAUACCAGUAUGUAUAUGUGUGAUGGCAUAUGUUAGCCUGCAUCUGUGUGUAUGUACAUGUGAGUGUGCACAUGUUGAGUGUGCGCAUUGCUCUGAGAGGCACUGUACAGAUGCGAGGAAGCAGGGCCACUUCCCCAGGAACCCCGGCUGCCCCCUCUUCCUGACCCGGGUGGGGAGGCUGAACCACAUAAAGAGGCUGGGAGUCCCUUCUGCUGCUGCUGUUACUGCUGCUGGUCUCACACCUGCUGGCCACUGCCUCCCAGUUGGGUCCAGGAAGGAGGGGGCAGAGGAAUAGGUUGCUCAGGGGUCUCCUGCCCCAGGUUACCCAGAAGCAGGUCCCGCCCGCCUGCCCCUAUGACCAACAUGAGCUGGAGCUUCCUGACGCGGCUGCUGGAGGAGAUCCACAACCACUCCACCUUUGUGGGCAAAGUGUGGCUCACGGUGCUUGUGGUGUUCCGCAUAGUGCUGACCGCCGUGGGCGGCGAGUCCAUCUACUCCGAUGAGCAGGCCAAGUUUACCUGCAACACGCGGCAGCCAGGCUGCGACAACGUCUGCUACGACGCCUUCGCGCCUCUGUCGCACGUGCGGUUCUGGGUCUUCCAGAUCGUGGUCAUCUCCACGCCCUCAGUCAUGUACCUGGGUUACGCCGUCCACCGCCUGGCCCGUGCGUCGGAGCAAGAGAGGCGCCGAGCCCUUCGCCGCCGCUCUGCGCCCCGCCGCGGGCCCCGGGCACAGCUGUCCCCUGCUCACUGGCCCGAGCCCGGAGACCUGGGCGAGGAGGAGCCUAUGCUGGGUCUGGGUGAGGAGGAGGAAGAGGAAGAGCCGGGCACAGCCGAGGGUGCAGGGGAGGACGGUGAGGAGGUGGGCGCCAAGGGGGCCACCGGGGACAGCAAGGCUGCGGGGGUCCCAGGCCCUGCUGGGCAGCAUGACGGGCGGAGGCGCAUCCAGCGGGAAGGGCUGAUGCGCGUGUAUGUAGCCCAGCUGGUGGCCAGGGCGGCCUUUGAAGUGGCCUUCCUGGUGGGCCAAUACCUGCUAUAUGGGUUUGAGGUGCGGCCCUUCUUCGCGUGCAGCCGCCAGCCCUGCCCACAUGUGGUGGACUGUUUUGUGUCGCGACCCACCGAGAAGACGGUCUUCUUGCUGGUCAUGUAUGUAGUCAGCUGCUUGUGCCUCCUGCUCAAUCUCUGUGAGAUGGCGCACUUGGGUCUGGGCAGCGCGCAGGACGCGGUGCGCGGCCGCCGCGCGCCCGGGGUCCCCGCCCCCGCCCCCACGCAGCGGCCCCCGCCCUGUGCUUUUCCCGCUGCCGCCGCGGGGUUAGCCUGCCCGCCCGACUACAGCCUGGUGGUGCGGGCGGCUGAGCGAGCGCGGGCGCACGACCAGAACCUGGCCAACCUGGCCCUGCAGGCACUGCGCGACGGGGUGCCGGCCGGGGACCCAGACCAGGACAGCCCGCCCUGUGCCUCCGGGCUCCCAGCGGCCUCCGGGGGGCCCCCCAGGGCAGGCGCCCCCGCAUCCGGGUCUGGCAGCGCUACAUCUGGGGGCACCGUCGGGGAGCAGGUCCGGUCGGGAGCACACGAUCGGCCUGGUGCCAAGCCCAAGGCCGGCUCUGAGAAGGGCAGCGCCAGCAGCAGGGAGGGGAAGACCACCGUGUGGAUCUGAGGGCGGGGCCCCGGGGCACCGGCCUAAACCGGGCUUCCUUAAGGACCAGCAGGCCUUCCUCCUCAUCAUGUCCUCAGGACGACCUCUGCCUCAGGAGGGGCGGGGGGAAGAGGUUGCCCUGGCUCAGAAAGGAUGGGGAGAGGACCUGGGGGGGGCACAAGGGUCCUUGGCUCUGGCCACCAGGUGGGCCACCUACAGGUGUAUCACUUCAGAAGGGGUUGUGCUGGUCCUCCUCCCUGCAGCUGGGCUUCUUCCCCAGUACCCUGAGUCCAUAUUCUGGUUCCUGCAGAGCAGAGGGCAACCCCAGCUCUUCCUUGCACGAAAGGGGUAAACAACCCCCUCCCAACCAAGGGAGGUCAGCACCACCAGGGCCCCUGUGCCAAUCCCUGGGCUGCACACACUCCCAGUUCCCUGCUGGAGAUGGAGGCCCUAGAGAAGUGCCUGAAGUGCACAGGACCACCCUUCUGAGCUUUUUUGAUGCCAGGCACAGACCCUUCCUCUGGGAUACACUUGAAGUUCUGCCAAGAUGUCCACCACACCUUGCAUAUUGGACUAGGGAGGUGGCAGUCAGGGGCUGUUGACCCUGCUGGGAGAAAGGGACUCCAGUGUUCCUGCCAUGGCCUCUCUGCCCUCCUCCCUAAUUCAGACCUAGCAUCCAGAGAAAAAGAUGAAAUAAAACUAACUUUUGUUUACAA